GAGAAGAGAGAGAAUAUCAUUUGGACGUCUCCGUCUCCAUCCUCUCUUCUGGUUUGCUUUCUCUCUCUUCCUUCUUCGCGUGCCCUUUGCGAAGAAGAGAAGGGAAGGGCAAGGAAACCGAUAGCUGAAGCUCAACCGGUCCCCUUCCUUCUCUGUCCCGGCUGAAUUCCGGUCGGUUUGCGUCUGAUUUUCUGUUCCGGGGAGGAGGGGUUUUCUUUUUGCGGCGGCGGGCGAAGAUGAUGGUGGCUAACAGCUUCACCAUGUGGCAGAAGGAUACCUUCUUCUCCGCAGCUGAGGAGGUCCAGGAAUCUGCUGAUUUAAUGGAAUCAACGUACCGGGCUUGGGAUAGAGUUAGGAAAGAAUCACUGGCUGCAGAUGACUUGAGCGAGCUCUCCAGAGACCUGCAAACUGCACUGGGUACAGCCAAAUGGCAGUUGGAAGAAUUCGAGAAGGCUGUCAGGCUGAGCUAUGGAAUAUAUGAUGACAAAAACACAACAAAUAGGCAUGGACAGUUCAUUGCUGCCAUCAGAAGCCAAAUUUCUCGUGUUGAAGGUGAAUUACAAGAAUCACUAUGCGAGGGAGAAAAGCAGCCCCUUCAGUGGGUAAAUCUAGAUGAAGAAGAACGAGAUGAUUUAGCCUUAUUUCUUGCUGGGUCUUCCCAGUUAUUGCAAACUCCAACGGAUGAUUGUUGUAAAAAACAAGAUCCGACAACAAAUGUUGCUUGUGGUAGAGGCAUAUGGGAUGGAGGUCUAAAAGAUGGCAAGUCUUAUAAUGAUGAUAAUAACUUUGUAAGAGGAAUGGAAGCAAAAGAAAUUCCAGGAACAAGGGAUGAGAUAACUUGCACUGGUACCAGGAGAACAUGGAGCUCACCAAACAUCGCCGAUUGGAAGAUUGCUAUUGCAGAUGAAGAUGAAGAAAGCCGCCGAUUAAUCCCCAGUAUUGAGGUCAAACCGAAGGAUAAGGGGUCAAGAAAUCUCUUUUGGAGACAAAGGGGUGGGGAACGAUCUUCAGCCAAGUCAGUGGCUGCUCUGUUCAAUCAGUUGUUUGGACAUGGUCAGAUGCUUCAAAGGCAAUCACAGAGUCCUCGACACAUACAGUUUGGCCGUUCUAUGCGACUUAUGCUUAUUCUGAUGCUAACAAUAUUUUUGAUUGUACCAUUUGUGUUCUACUCAACAUGAAACAAAUGGUUCUUAAGCUUCGGGAUUCAGGUUAAAGGUGUUGGGGUCUGUGUAUGAAAGGCAUCUUUGAUACUUAAAAACAUAUAAACAAGGUGAUUCUUCGAGGUUCUGAAGCUGAAAAUGGGAAAGCAAAAGUGGAAAUCUACCUUUAAGGUAUUAGAGAGCAGAACACAUCGUGGUCUGUAUAUGAGUAGGUAGUGGUUGUUCCACUUCUGCAUAUAUUUAGUUUUCUUAUUUUCAUUUCCUUAAAUUGCGGAAUGCAUCAAUGUUACUCAUCUCAUAGAAGCUGCCAAAAAGAAUGGGAGGGGUAGCCUAGAGAGAAUUCCCAUUCAGCAAUAUGAACUUUCCAAUGUAACAUGGAUAUUGCACCUUGUGAGCUUUACAUAUAUCUUUCCUUUCUUGAUAA